UUUUGGCUUUGGUGUCGUAGAAAACCACUCCCAAGAAGCUCGCCGUUAUUGCCUUGUGUAUACAGAACAUUAUUUUCAGCUUAGAAAUGAUCAAGUUUAUCUACGGCUCUGCUUUUUGAUAUAGCUCUGCACUUGACGGGGUCUACGAGAAUGAAGACACGGACCAGGUACUUUUAUACCAGAGGUCCCUGUUUAACACCUACUACUACUUCAAAAAUCGUUGUCAAACAGAUGACGCAUGGCAAAUGGCACUUCUGCUUCAAGGUACAAUCAUCCCUAAGAAUAAAGGUAGCAAACUGCGGAUCGCAUGAAUUUUCACAGUUCCCUGCAUUCAGUAGAAAUAUGACGAGUCCCAUGGUAUUUUCGAUAGCAGAACUGCCAUUUAGCAAAUUACCAUUUGACUUUGCACCCCCUAACACCUUACCAUCGUAAAACUGCCAUUUGAUAAUUUGCCAUUCGAUGGUCGCACAUUUCAAAAUAGGUGUAAAGCAACAGGUAUGGUGAGUUGCUGAGUUAGAGUGUGGUCUGUUAAUGCUUCAUUGUUUUUUGUGACAAAAAAGCACUGAAAUCACCUCGACCUGGGGAAAUAACUCGCCAACCAUCAGAGCUUUAUACUGGUCUGCUACAGAGGGGUGUUUAAAUACAUUGCCCAUCCUGAAACCAGCGAAGAAUGGCAAGGGAACUGGUCUAAAGUGGAGAUGCUAAAAAAUUCAGAGAAAAUUUGACAUUUUCGAAACGCAGUAUUGUUCAAACAAGACGAGAAAACAGCGUCAGUAACUCCUUUUCCAAAGACUUGUCUGACUGACGUCACUUCUUGGCCACCGCCUUUGCAGUAUCAUAAAAAAGCACAACGAUCAUUUGAGUCACAUUUGAAGUGUCGCACGGAGAGGGCGCAGGGUCCAACACCCAAAGAAAGCGUUUAGACUCAAAUUGGAGCAAAAUCUUACUAAACUCUAAGGGUUUGAAGAUGCCCAACUCCACAGGACCUCCGAUGCCAAGGCCCCCACCGCCUAAGCACAUACAAUGUUCAAUGGAUACUCUGCCUGAAAACUACGGUCAUGUGGCCUUCGAGAUUAUUAUCCUGUUAGUGACUUUAUACGGGAAUUUUAUGGUAGUCUUGGCCGUCGUGAUGUUCCGUCGAAUGCGAACGAUAACCAACUACUUUGUGGUAUCUUUGGCGGUCAGUGAUUUGCUGGUAGCGAUGCUAUCUCUACCGUUUCGCAUCCACCAGACCACGCAUAACACUGCCUGGUGUUUAAGCCUCGAGGCUUGCGUGGCUUGGAUCGUGGUGGAUAUCAUGUGUGCGGGUGCUUCAAUAUGGAACCUAGCCAUUAUCUCCAUUGAUCGUUUCAUAGCAAUUGUUCUGCCGUUUCGCUAUCAUGUCCUGAUGACACCGAUAUCAGGAUUCGGAUUAAUUGCUUCUGUUUGGGGCCUAUCGUUUGUGAUGGCCGUACUGAGUUUUAUCAACUGGACGGACUACGGCAAGCCGCACUUUAAUAUCUUCAUCUCGUGCGCAAACUUUGACCCUAUUUACUACACUGUCUUAUCAGUGGUUUUGUUCUUCUUGCCGUUAUUUAUCGUGUUCGUCAUGUACGGGCACGUGUUUACCGUCGCCCUCACCCAAGCACGCGCCGUCGCAGCACUCCAGACGGACAGACAAGCGACUACGGAUGGUGGAAGACGGGGGUAUAUCAACUUCUUAAAAGAAGUAAAGGCGGCCAAGGUCCUGGCGAUAGUCGUGGGUUGCUUCGUUGUUUGCUGGUUCCCAUAUUUCGUGCUUGUUCUUGUCAGCUUAUGGGACCCGAUACUGUUGUCAAGGGAUACCAUUAGUCCCGAGCAGGCAAAAGGCAUCAAUCAGACGUUCGUCUCCGCUCUGCCGGUGUUAAACUCCACGCUCAACCCGAUUAUAUACGCUCUAUUCAAUAAAGAUUUUCGCCGCUCUUUCGCGAAGAUCUUUGCGCAGUUCUGCCGCAGACGUGUUGGGUCAGACGACGGAAAUAACUUGCCAACCUUGUGAGCUUCUUACAGGUCUGUUACAGAGGGGUGUUUCAAUACAUUGCCCAUCCUGAAACCAUCGAAGAAUGGCAAGGGAACUGGUCUAAAGUGAUGCUAAAAAAUCAGAGAAAUUUGACACUUUUGAAACGCAGUAUUGUUCAAAUUCGACGAGAAAACAGCGUCAUUUACUCCUUCUUGGGAGCUGACACCACACUCCUUGGUUACCGCCUUUGCAGUAUCAUAGAAAAGCACAACGAUAAUUGAAUUUUUCAUUAAGCAUUGGAAAACCUAAGAGGAGAAAUUGACGGUCAUAUUUCUGUUUCUAAAGCCCAAAUUCUUUCACAUUAUCCUACGCUCUCCUGAGCUUGUUGCAAAUCCUGCAAUCCUGAAGACCUGAAUUCGUUUCAUAUAAACCCUUUCACAAGGAAUAAAAACUAUGUAAUACAAUAAUAAUAUAUCUAAAACUCAGGAAUAUGCUAUAACAGAUGCUUGUAUAUUGAUCAGUUAAACGUUACUAUUAUUUGAGCCAAAAAUCUCCUGGAGUUCGAUUAUCUUUUUAACUUGUAAACUUGCUUGUAAACUAAACGCGUAAUAUUGGUCAGUUAAACGUUCCUAUUAUUUGAGCCAAAAAUCUUCUGGAGUUCGAUUAUCUUUUUAAAAUAGUGCAACCUGUCUAACCUGAAACAAUCUUUCGUUACUGUUUUGACAAAUAAUAUUCUCCAAUACUUUUUUUCCAAAUCGUGUAGCCCCGAUGGAACCUGUUCCUAUUUGGCUGAUAAAGGAAGACUCUAACACCAAUAUAAGGGAGGCCCUAAGUGCUAUUUCCAUUUGAUAUCAGUUCCCUUAGCGAUAGACAUACGCUUAUAUUUUCCUAGUUCCCACAGAGAGAAACAGAACAAUAUCUACAAAUUAGUACCUAAAGGAAAACAAACGCCAAUAACUCGAAAAACGAAAAACAAAUGCUAAAAAUAUUUUCCGCAUUUUAAUUUAUCUUAUUAGUUAGAGAAUUGCGUUUACUUUGAUAUCAAGUCAUGUACAUUUUGAUAUGAGCAUUUCCGUUUUUCGUGGCGUCCUUGUUGAUGUCAUGUUGAGUUACAAAUCGUUGCAUCCCCCUUGACACCUACAUGGCAUCUGAAACGUUUGGUUGUCUAUUGGGCUCGGUCAUUACAGAGGCAUACUUACUCCGCUGUACACUAAAUUAGCAUCUGAAACUUUUGUAGGAUUAAAAAGCCUCGUUUUAUGGUAAAUAAACCUGGGGACUUUUUUUUAAAGCUUUUGCGGCUCCAGUUUAUGUUCGAAUACUUUUCGCAUAAUUAUUGUCACCAUAGUAAAGCUGGCAGGCAACUCAGCAGGCAACUCGGUGAAGUUAGCAGGCAACUCAAAUGUGAUGAUUCAUAUAAUAUCUCGGCAGGUAUAGGGCCGAUUGUCACGAAAUUUUGACACGAUUGUACAAAAAAUACAACAAACAUAUUCAUGCAUGUAUGAUAUCAAAUAUUAUUACUCACGUGACUUUGUGAUUAUUUUGAACGUUCCAGCAGGCAAGUCGUUACAUAUUGUCGCAAUAUCUACGUCCCAUUUUCACCGAUAAUCAUCAAACUUUAACAUAAGUGUACAAAUUUUAUAACGAAGACAACGCCGUAUCAGUUAUUCUCAUGACGUCAUCAAUCACGUGACCGUGGAAAAAACAUUUUCUCGAGUUCCUAUUGAGAAAACAUUACGAAACUUUCGAAAUAUGACAAAUAGCACAUAGGAUUUUACAAUUAUUAACUUUUAAAAUAUGACGUCAUCAAUCACGUGACCGUGGGAAAAAAGUCGAUAUAGUUUUUUUCUAGAGUUCUGAGUGAAAUAACAGUCCGAAACUUUCGAAAUACGACAAAUUAUGUAUGUCGUUAUCAAAGCCUCACCUUUUUGGAAAUUGUUCGUGAUUUACUUUAAUAAAAACAUAUAGCAUGCAACUCGACAGUACAGCAGGUAACUCGUUAUGUACUGGGAAUAUCGUAUUCGUUAUUAAAGCUUCACCUUUUUUGCAUUUGUAAGUGAUUUACUCGAAUAAAAACAUAUACUGGA